UGAAUUUUCAUAUUAUUUCAUCCGGGGGGUUUCAAGAUGGAUGCGCCCAAUGUUGACAUGUACGAUCAGAUACUGGACAGGGCCAACUACACCAUACCUUACUGGUAAAAAUCUGUAACAGGUAUAAAAUGAGUGACAAUCAGGAGGAAGCUGAGUUGAACAGUGAGGUAGCCAAUGGGUUUAAGGAAGAAGAUGAGACCUAUGAUGAAGAUGUGGACACUUAUUAUUUUGAAUCUGAUCAUGUGGCAUUGAAAGGAAACCCAGACUAUCAUAUGUUAUUGAAGACAAUCAUAUUGUUGGAAUCCCAACGAAUUCAAGCCCUGAAGGACCUUGACAAAUUACAUCAGUGUCAAGCAGAUUCUUUAAAAGAUCCUAUAGAAUUUGUGAAAAAACUUCAGAGUGGAGCAGAUAUUGGAUUUCCAAGACGACAACAAGUUGCCACAAUCCCUAAUCUCAACUGGGGCAAGUACACAAAGAAUGUUGAUUUUUCAUCAUUGGGUCUGCCAAAGCACAUGACCAGACUCAAAAGACAACUUGUUGAAGGAAGUCCAGAUGUUGAUCAAAUGCCGGGAAACUCUGGUGGAUCAGAGCAACAAGUGACCGUGGUGAGAGGGCGUCUGAAGGACGAUAGCAAGUCAAUCACAUUCAAUAAGCUCUGGAAUGUCGAGGAACAGAAAAGACUGGAGGACUUGUUAAUACAGUACCAGCCUGAAGAAGUUGAGGCCAGGCGGUGGCAGAAAAUUGCGACAGCACUUGGCAACAGGACUCCCCAACAGGUUGCAAGUCGAGUACAGAAGUACUUCAUUAAGUUGGCGAAGGCUGGGUUACCUAUUCCAGGGAGAUUACCUAACCUUGCAACACACAACAAAAAGUCAGCUCAUCGCCAUCAUCGGUUCCACAAGUUUUACCACCAGCAGUCCACAUUCCUGUCCUCCCAUGAGCCUCCCGUGUAUAUGUCUGAUGAUGAAUCCAUGACAGCGGAUGAUCCAAUGUAUGACGACUCGAACAGUUAUCAGCCUGACACAUAUACCCCGGACAUUUCUGAUGAUGAGAGUGUGCCAACAGAACUAAGGGAGUCAGAAGAAUAUAAAGAAUUAAUGAGACUGCAACAUGUCCGUAUUGAAAAACUUCAGGGCAGGAAUGGAAAUCCUCCCCAACACAUAGGUUUUAAGUGUGACCGUUGCCAGUGCGAACCCAUCAUUGGCACCAGGUGGCACUGCUCUGACUGUGUACUGGAGGAGGCUGUUGAUUUCUGCGACAUGUGUGUGGAGAGUAAUUUUGAAACAAAAAAACACAACUCCAGUCAUCGAUUAAAACCGAUCCACGUGCCAGAAACAGCAGCCUUGGUCGACACAGAUUACACGACUUUCACCCCGGGCGACUAUAACUAUCUCGACUCGAACUACAUGCCUGCUAACUGAUACAAGACGUGUAUAAAAUUGUCAAAUGGAUCAACAAAAUAGUGAAUUACCUCUUCUGAACCAAAUAAAAUAAUAAAAGUUCUAUAUUCC